AUGGGAAACUGUGUGGCCUGUUACUCUCAAUCAAUGAAGCAAACAAGAUGUCCUCUUAUUGAAGGACGGGAGCUAGAGGUUAAUAAUUCCUCGGCACCAGUUGAAAAGAUGAACACCGGUCGUAGUAACCAUUACACCGCGGUAUGUAAAAAAGUGCAGCACGGAGAGGUUUGCCAUCUUGCACCAUUUCUGAGACAAUCCGGUAAGCCUUUGGUAACUUGUAUGAUAACCGAUGAUAGAAAGGUAAAGACAAAGGUUGUGAAGAUUGUGGUGACUACAGAACAGUUGAAAUUGCUGUUAAGUGGAUCAAAGAAGUUUCAAAUCAAAACUAGAGUUACCCAUGUUGGGAAAAGUUCUGUGUUGAGAAAGUGUCCAAAAUGGCUUCCUUCUUUACCAACUAUUCAAGAGGUGCAGAACUUUUGA